UCGCAUACGUCGAUAAGUUGAUAUCAGAAGAAAUUUUUCUCCAGUAAGAAAUAAUAGUGAAAACUAUAGCGACUGUAGUUUCGCAAAAAGGGGAAUUUGCGUAAAUUCGAAUUCACUUCGUUUUUGCUUCGCGAAAGAACUGUUGUUCAAGUGCGUAGUUAUUACAAAGAUCAACAUUGGUAAUACGUACCAAAAUAACAAGAGAAAAUUUAUAUAAAGUUUACCGUUCGAAGGGGUUGAACAAGGAACCCCUCAUUUGUCUUGAGGGGGCAACUGUGCCCCGCAGCACAGGUUGAGGGUGGAGAAAUUAGUUACUCAUCUUAGCCCCUCCGAGUUUCAGUAGGGUUUUCGAUUUGUUUGCUUGAUUUGCGACGAGCUCGCCUCACCUCGGGCGAGUGAAAGGAUAAGUGGAAAAAUGAAGUCACGAAAAAGCCGCUUGUCAUUUGCUAUACUGUUUACCGUCGCAUGCGGAGUCACUAAUGGGUUUUAUUUGCCGGGACUGGCUCCAGUCAACUACUGCAGACAGUCGGAAAUACAAAAGUCUUGCAAGUCCGACGUGACCCUCUACGUGAACCGACUCAACACGGAGGAAUCAGUCAUUCCAUACGAGUAUCACCACUUCGACUUCUGCCCAAUCGAUGAGGCGAACUCACCGGUGGAAAACCUUGGACAGGUGGUCUUCGGAGAACGAAUUCGCCCUGGACCGUACAAGAUCGAGUUCCUGAAGGCGACGACAUGCGAGAAGGCAUGCAAUAGGAAUUAUACCGGCGGUGAUCCGGAGAGCGAUCGUCGGUUGAUGAUCUUGAAGAAGGGAAUGAGUCUGAACUACCAGCAUCACUGGAUCGUGGAUAACAUGCCGGUUACCUGGUGCUACCCCCUGGACAACGACCGUCAGCAUUGUACCACUGGCUUCCCGAUGGGAUGCUUGGUGCGAAGGCACCCGGAUGGGGAUGAGGGUUGUUUGGUGAAUCCAAAUUAUAACAGAGCCGGAUAUUACUAUCCUUUCAAUCAUGUUGAUUUGACAGUCACCUAUCACAGCGGAGCAACCGAGGAAUGGGGUGUGGCGUUCAAACAAAACGGCGGUCGUAUCAUUUCCGUCAAGGUCGUGCCUUCGUCCAUCAACCAUAAAAAUCCGGAACAGUUGGAUUGCUCUAGCAAAGAACCAAUCGAGAUCCCAUCCAGCGCACUCCAAAAUGGGCAGAAGAUGAACAUCACCUACACCUAUUCCGUUCGCUUCAUUCAAAAUAACACCAUCAAAUGGUCCUCCCGGUGGGAUUAUAUUUUGGAAUCUAUGCCACACACCAACAUCCAAUGGUUCAGCAUUCUCAAUUCGCUUGUGAUUGUGUUGUUCCUGUCCGGUAUGGUUGCGAUGAUCAUGCUUAGGACACUGCACAAAGAUAUCGCCCGUUACAACCAGAUGGACUCUGGCGAGGAUGCUCAAGAAGAAUUCGGUUGGAAGCUUGUUCAUGGCGAUGUUUUCCGUCCACCCCGCAAAGGAAUGCUUCUGUCGGUUUUGCUUGGCUCCGGUAUCCAGGUGUUCUGCAUGACUUUGGUGACACUGGCAUUCGCCUGCUUAGGAUUCCUGUCUCCUGCCAACCGGGGAGCAUUGAUGACGUGCGCAAUGGUAUUGUUCGUGCUACUCGGCACGCCUGCUGGUUAUGUCUCCGCUCGUAUCUACAAGAGCUUCGGCGGAAUCAAGUGGAAGAGCAAUGUACUAUUGACAUCGAUGCUAAGUCCUGGCAUUGUUUUUGGACUCUUCUUCGUCAUGAACUUGAUUUUAUGGAGCAAAGGAAGUUCCGGCGCCGUUCCUUUCUCGACAUUGAUCGCUCUGUUGGCCUUGUGGUUUGGUGUGUCUGUUCCUCUUACAUUCGUUGGUGCUUACUUUGGAUUCCGUAAAAGGUCGCUGGAACACCCCGUUCGCACGAACCAAAUUCCCCGUCAAAUUCCGGAUCAGUCCAUCUACACUCAACCAAUUCCUGGCAUCAUAAUGGGAGGGGUUCUGCCGUUCGGUUGCAUCUUCAUUCAACUGUUCUUCAUUCUCAAUUCACUUUGGUCUAGUCAGAUGUACUACAUGUUUGGGUUCUUGUUUCUGGUGUUUCUGAUCCUCGUGAUAACCUGCUCUGAGACAACGAUUUUACUGUGCUAUUUCCACUUGUGUGCCGAGGAUUAUCACUGGUGGUGGCGAUCCUUCCUAACAUCAGGGUUCACUGCAGUCUAUCUGUUCAUCUACUGCUGUCACUACUUUGCAACCAAGCUACAGAUUGAGGAUGCUGCGUCCACAUUCUUGUAUUUCGGUUAUACUUUGAUAAUGGUAUUUUUGUUCUUCUUGUUGACCGGUUCGAUAGGAUUCUUCGCUUGCUUCUGGUUCAUUCGCAAGAUUUACAGUGUAGUAAAGGUCGACUAAGAUGUGUUAUCUGCAAACCAUGUUCAAUUGUAUUCUGAAAUAAGUUAAACAUGUCUAGAAUGUAGGUUUAUGAUUUGAACAAGCUAAAUCGGUAACAAAACAUGGAUGAUGAAACGAUUGACUUAAGUAUUGAUUUUAAGAGGAAAAAACACGAAUGUAGUGUGCAGUAUCAUGUGUUUACGUCGCAAAGGUAUAUAAAAUUUAUUUUCUAGCUCGAUGGAACCAGCGGGAUUGACCACAUAAAGCGCACUCCCGGCGGUAAGUUUAUAAUGAGGUAGCAAUUGUAUGCGCAACAGUAACAUGAAAGGAUGUUCGUUAAAUGAAAUAUGUGAUUACCUUUAAUAUGAAAAAAUGCCUUUUUUUGUGUUUAAUAAUUUAACUAUACUAAAGUAGCAGCCCUAAACGGAAAUGAAUGAAAAAUCUACUAAUUUUUCCUGCUGUUAGUGUUUAUAUGUUAAGGAUGUAUAGCACACGUAAUAAAAAUAUUUGAUUACGGAUGGAAAAUAAAUGGCUGAACAGCAGAGCACAAAUAAUAGCGUCGAACUCUUGGAGACAAAUUUUUUUAUGCUUAAAACUUUCCAAUUAUGCUCUGCCACAGGACAAGUAAUUAGUAAGUAGAAUCGAUUCAGAGAAAAUGUAAAAUUUGCAACAUGAAUCGGCGAACGUAAUAUGUGCGGAAAAAAAAUCACAUUUCCUUAUUAUUUGAACAAAAUUAGUAAGAAAACAGAGCAUCAAUAUUUGAUAAUCACUGAUUUUUUUAUUUAAUAUUUCGUUAUGUAAAAAUAACUUCACAAAAUUUAUUAUUAUAACAACUUCAGAAAACAAAGUCCAAACCAAUAAAUACGACAACUUGUAA